UUACCAUCAACGUGAUGUGUAGAAGUAGAAAAUAUGGUACCUAACCUAUAAAUUUGUGUUUUUUGUGUUUUUGUUUUUGUCAUGUAAUUUCAUUAUAUAAUUUUAGGAUUUAUAAAUAUAAAUAAGUUAAUGAACUAAAUAAUAAAACUUCCAGUAUUAUGAGCUCUUUAAAAUGGAUAUGUAUCUUUAAUUCUGGUCAUAAUAUUUCACAGCAUUGACAACUAGCACAGGCAAUAAAUAUCUUUCAAAAUAAAAAUUAAAACAGUUAAAAUUAUAUAAAUGAACAAUAUUUAGUAGUAGGGAGUAGUGUCAUACUUGUAUUUUGAAUUAAAUAAGGAGAAACUUGGUAUGUAAAUAGAAAGUAGCACAUUCCUUCAAACACAGGUACUGGUACAUAUUAUAUGUUUUAGAUACCAUGAAUAAUACACUUAUAGACAGUGUAACUUGUUGAGUUUUGAAUUUUAUUCAGUCAAUAGAAGAUAUGUCUAAAAUUAGACCCUUUGUAAAGUAUUCCUUGAUUGGAGGAGCAGUUGUUAGUACUGCUUUAAGCUUAAGAGCAAAUCAGUAUGAACUGGAUUCCAUAGGAGCAGUACGGUUAAGCAGAGCAGCCUUUACCGUAUUUCAAAUUGGUGUUAUUUAUAAGAAGGAUUUAUAUGGAAAAAGACUGGAUAAAUCCUCUCCUGAAUACAAGGAGUUGAAAUCUGUAUGCCAUAAACGGUCCGCAGAGAAACUGUUGGACCUGUGUUGUGAGAACAAGGGUGUUUAUAUUAAAGUUGGACAGCACAUAGCAGCUCUGGAUUAUUUAUUACCUUCUGAGUAUGUACAAACGAUGAAAGUGUUGCAUAGUCAGGCCCCUAGUACAGAGUUAAAAGACAUUUACAAAGUAUUGAAAGAGGAUUUUAAGAAAGAUCCAUUGGAAAUAUUCGAAUCAAUUGACCCGGAACCACUCGGUACAGCAUCCCUUGCCCAAGUGCACAAAGCCGUACUCAAAGAUGGCGCCACCGUGGCAGUGAAGGUGCAACAUCCUUAUGUGCAAGGUAAUUCUAGAGUUGACAUGAAAACGAUGGAGUACCUGGUUAAACUAAUGAGUUGGGUAUUCCCCGAAUUCAAAUUCCAAUGGCUGGUCGACGAGUCGAAAAAGAACAUUCCCCAAGAGUUAAACUUCGCUCAGGAGGGUAAAAAUGCCGAGAAGAUCGCUCAGAUGUUUGAAAAUGUCGACUGGUUGAAAGUGCCGAAAGUUAGAUGGGAUAUGACAACGCCUAGAGUAUUAACAAUGGAAUUUGUAGAGGGCGGUCAAGUGAACGAUCUAAAGUACAUUAACGAGCAUAAAAUAGAUCCUUAUGAGAUAUCAAAUAAAUUAGGAAAAUUAUAUUCAGAAAUGAUUUUCAUCCGUGGAUUCGUUCACAGUGAUCCGCAUCCAGGGAACAUUUUAGUUAGGAAGAACGAAAAAGGAUCCUGUGAUAUUAUCUUGCUGGAUCACGGUUUAUAUGCUACAUUGAAAAAUGAAUUUAGAAUUAAUUAUGCUAAUCUGUGGUUAAGUAUAUUGGAUAGGGACAGAAAGGGCAUGAGGCAUUACAGUAAACAGCUUGGUAUUGAUGGUAAUAUUUAUGGAUUGUUUGCUUGUAUGGUAACAGGCAGACCAUGGGAGGCAAUAAUGAAGGGAAUUGAUAGGGAACAAUUUACAAAUGGAGAAAAAGAUUUUGUGCAGCAACAUUUUACAGGUCUCUUACCUCAGAUUUCGUCAGUUUUGGAAAGUGUAAACAGGCAAAUGUUGCUCAUUCUGAAAACAAACGAUUUGAUGCGAGGGAUCGAGCAUACUUUGAGAACCAGCGCUAGGAUGGGAGCAUUUCGUGUGAUGUCUCAGUGCUGUGUUUGUUCGAUUUAUGACGAAAAAUAUAAGAACUGUAAUACCCGGUUUGACAAAUUGAAGAUAACAUUGGCGGAGUUCUGGGCACUGUUUAAAAUUAGAAUUUAUUAUACCUUUUUAAAUUUAAGAUUGUUAACAGGUGUAUAAAUAAAUAAAUUGUAUUUUUAUAUU